AUGGAAAAAGCUGGGGAAUCAUCAUCCGAGUCGUCAGAUCCUGUUAGGCAGAUCGCACAGACGAAAAGUGGGAAGAACGUGGAAAUUGAGUACAAUAUAGCCGAGGAGGAUGAAAGGACUACAUCAAAUCAGAGCAGCUACUGCGAUAGCAUGAUUGAGCAGAAGGGUGGAUUAAGGCGAGGCUUAUCAAGUCGUCAUGUCCAGCUUAUCUCUCUUGGAGGUGCUAUUGGUACUGGUUUAUUUGUUGGAAGUGGUGCCGCUUUGGCAACGGCUGGUCCUGCUCCCCUUUUAAUAGGUUAUGUGAUUUUAUGUGGUUUUGUGUGGUCAGUCAUGAAUCAGUUGGCUGAAAUGGUGACAUUCUUGCCUCUUCCAGGAAGAUCGACACCAUUUGCCUUGUGUGCCAGAUUUACUGGUAACAGAUCCCUAGCAUUCGCUGCAGGUUUGAAUUUGGUCUACGCACAGGCAUUGCUUUCACCUGCAGAAAUUUCUGCUGCUUCUUUCAUUAUAGACUAUUGGACCGAUAUCAACCCAGCCAUAUUCAUAAGUGUUUUUUGGGUGCUCAUUGUGGUUCUUAAUAUGUGUGCAGUGAAGUAUUUUGGAGAAACCGAAUUCUGGAUCGCAUUUAUCAAAAUUUUGACAAUUGUCGGUUUAAUCAUUCUUGGUAUUGUUAUAUUUUUUGGAGGCGGUCCUGCCCAACAUCACGUUUUAGGCUUUCAUUACUGGAAGGAUCCAGGUGCCUUUGCCGAACAUCUUACCGGUGGUGCCACUGGAAGGUUCCUUUCUGUUUGGACAUCUAUUAUUAAAUCGGCUUUUGCAUUCGUCCUUUCCCCAGAGUUGAUUACCUGUUGUGCUGCGGAAGCGGAGCAUCCUAGACAAAACUUACCUAAGGCAACUAACAGAUUUAUCUACAGGCUUAUCUUCUUCUACAUUUGUGGUGCAUUGGUGAUUGGUGUCAUUGUUCCAUACAACAGUGAUCGUCUUAUGCUAGCAAUUAAUCAGGGCAAGUCAGGUGCUGCAGCUUCUCCAUUCGUUAUUGGUAUUGAAAACAGUGGAAUACAGUUAGGAAGUUUGAUCAAUGCAUGUAUUCUUACAUCUGCAUUUUCUGCUGGAAAUUCCUUCCUUUACGGUGCUUCCAGAAAUCUUCAUUCGAUGGCUGUGAGAGGUUCCGUGCCUAAGGUUUUUACUAGGUGCAAUCGUUGGGGUGUUCCAUAUCUAUGUGUCAGUGUUUGUGGUGCCAUCAGUUUACUAGCGUUUUUAACCGUUUCAAAUUCUUCAACUGUGGCAUUUACAUGGCUUUCAAACAUUUCAACUGUUUCCGGCUUCAUCUCUUGGAUCAUUAUCAGUAUCACUUAUCUUCGUUACAGAAAAGCUCUGAAGUAUCAUAAUCUUGAUGACAGAGUCACAUUCAGACCUCCAUUACAAAUUGUUGGCGCCUAUGCUUGCAUAAUAUUCUUUACGAUUAUUACUUUUACUAAUGGUUAUGCUGUCUUUUUUGAUUUCAACGGUUCCGAUUUUGUUGCCGCUUACAUUACUAUUCCUAUUGUGUUUAUUCUUUAUGUUGGGCAUGCAAUAUGUACUAAAAAUUGGAGAUUAUGGGCUCCAUCAGAAGAAAUUGAUUGCAUUACUGGUUUGAAAGAAAUUGAGGAAGAGCAAGAGAGUUAUGUGCCAAAGAAACCUAGAAAUUUCUUGGAAAGAAUUUGGUUUUGGAUUGCUUGA